ACCUCGACCCUGCGAACCGGUGUGAGCUCGCGACAGCUUUAUUCGCGCUCAACGGGCUUCGGGCCCUGACCGUCGUGGCCACCGCCAUUUACUGACCUGAAAACACAAACCCCAAGAGAGAAGCAGCCGCGCUUGGCUCUCUCUCUCGAUACGUUCUUGCUGUCAGCAAAUUGGCUUCAUUUCAUGUUGCAUUGGUGUUUAACCAUUGCCUAAACCUAGCGGUUUUCCUGUUUUUUUAUUUUUUUGGAUACCUUCUUUUAGACAUUCACGAGCCACUAAUUUUGUGUACUUUUAGGGAGAAAUUUUCAUGGCGGCCUCCGAUUCAGAAGUGGGGGCCGCUCCAAGACCCAAAGAAGCAGAGAAACCUAUAGAGCCGUUGCGUUUGCCCACUGUUGAAGAAAUCAGAGGCCAAGACAUAUGGAACAACUGCGCUGUUCGAAGUGUAGUCAGUGGAGUAAUGGGAGGUGGACUUGGGCUGUUUAUGGGUCUGUUUCUUGGAGCUUUAGACAAUCCUCUACAGCAAGAGGAAAUGACAGCAAGGCAACAAUUUGUUUACACAACGAAACAGAUGGGUAGGAGGAGUCUUAGUUCAGCCAAGACUUUUGCUGUGAUGGGUUUGAUAUUCUCUGCUGCCGAGUGUGUCAUUGAGAAGGCAAGGGCGAAACAUGACACCACAAAUACAGCUGUUGCUGGUUGUGUUACAGGAGGAGCGCUUUCCGCAAAAGCAAUUUAGCCCCUCAUUUGAAAUCUCCAUGAUGGCACUUCUUCCUAUAUCAAGGGGAUUGAGCUCCCUUAGUCAAAUAGAUGAAUCGAUUCAAAUAAUAGCAGCAUGAAGUUUCGUUCACAGAGUACCACCAGUUUGAGUUACGUGUUCAUCUGCCUCUCUUUUUUUUUAUAUACAAGCAGAGUCUCUGUGUUGUCAAUUUUGUUGUUUGAUUUGUCUAGUUGUGGCAUGGCUCUUACUGAAGUUUAGUCCAUGCCCUGCCAAUAGGCAAUCUGCCACACUAGAAAAAAAAUUAAUAAAAAAAAGGGAGAUCUUUUUAUGUUUUUGUCAGUGGACUAUAUGAAAAGAUGUCAAAGAGCGUCCAUGACAAGUCUAGAACCACCAUUGCAAGCCAAUUUUUCGGAUCUCUUCAUUGUUGCUUCUUGUUUGUAAUAAAUAUCACACAGUGAACUAAGUUAUUGUGAAUUGAUCUUUAGAUACUAUUUGGUGCAUAUUUUUGCUGCCCUUGAUGACCUAGUUUUACA